CCUGGCAGCAAUAGUGGUCUGCACAGAGCAACUUCAAGUCCGCUAUGGCAACGUCGAACUUGAUGAUGCGUUGAAGGGGAGCUUUAUGCGGCUCCAAUGCCUCGAGCUGAAUCUCCGCCCGGAGCCGCAGUUGGUGCAGUUGGCAGACGACCUCGAGGAGAGCCUGCCGACCCAACGAGUCACUCUGGCAGUGCCGGAUGAAGCCCGGGUGCUGGGCUUCCGAUAUUGGGAAGCCACGGAUGACACGACCGGUCUGGGAGAUCUUCGGGAUCCCCACGUCUUGCUCGAUAUCCACGGCCAGCUCCACCUCGAGCCACUUUCGCGGCGAUAUCUUCGGUCCGAGUCGACCAAGUUCCCAGGACGACCGCAGUGGAUGCCCCCUGCCUUGAAGAGUUUGGAGGAGGACGGCGAGAGCGUCGAUAUCUCCAUGCUCCCUGAGGUCCAGGGACUACGGAUCGUCCGAGGUACGGUAGACCACAUCAUAGAGUGCGAGUAUGCACAGAGCUGGAACUGCAGCCCCGCCGCCGUGAGAAGCCUCACUGGGCAGUCUGCGAUGUUCUGGUUUGAUCUUUUCCUGCUGACGGCGGCGCUCUACUAUCUGGACAUUGCGCUGGAUUUCAAGCAACUUCGUUUAUUCUGGCAGAAGGGCCUUUUUGGCUACCUCGUGCUCAACGUCGCAGGGAUGGCACUCCCUCCCGUGUUCACAGCACUGGAGGCGAUCCAUUUCCUCGAUCGGCCCUCGCCAGAGCAGGAUCAGCUCAAGAAGAUGCUCGCGCCGAAGAUGCUGGUGCCAGCCAUGCUGCUGGCCAUCCUGUCACAAACGCACGUGCUCCUCCUCGCCGCAGCCUCUGCGUUGUCAAGAAGGCGGCAUCCUCUGCUUGCAGGAGCCAAGCAUGCAGAGGUUGCGGAAGCUGCAGUGUCUGCCCUCGUGCAGACCAACUUCCUGGUUUCUGCCCUGGGCCAAAUUACGCAGAUCGAGGAGCUCGAGCUUUCCGGCGCCCAGCUAGACAGCAUGAAGCUGUCGGUCCUCGUGUCAUGCUUCAGCCUUGGCCUGGGCUUCGCGAGCCGAGACAAGGCCGACUCGGCCGUUCUGCACCUUCCAGGAAAAGUCGGCUGGGGCCCGACCAUGGUUGGACUGGUGCUGGCGAGGUCGCUCGAGGUCUUCAGCCGCAUUCUGGCCUAUAACAUUCUGCAAGCAUCCCUGCGGGGCUAUCCGCUGCUGCAACUCGCUGGCCUUGAAGCAGUUGGACUCGCUUUCCUCGCAGCAUGCUUGGCCUUCCCCGACGCCUCCUGGGCCGACGCGGCGGCCGCCGUGAUCGCCCACCCCGGGCAGAUCCUGGAGCCGACUUCCCUGGUGAAGUUGCGGUCUUCUUUCAUUAUCCACGCCGUGCUGGUGGCUGCUGCCGGAGGAGGGCAGUUGCUGCUGCGGACGAGCACGGCACCGCCAGCAUGCAAGGUCCUGCCGGACAUGCUGCUGAUGGCGUGGCUCGUCGUGAGCCUCGUCAGCUGGGCAGCGCUUGGCCUCCUCAGCUGGCUCGGCCGCCACGUGGAGCAGCCGCGCUUUGUGGCUUUGGCGUCAGGAGGAGGCGACGAGCCCGUCAUCCCGUAUUCAUCUUUGUUGGCCACCUUCCCCAGCCCCGACAGCCAG